ACAAAAUCAUACAGCACCAAGCCAAACGAGCUGGAGAUCCACCGGCGGAUGCACACGGGAGAACGCCCCUUCGACUGCUCCACCUGCGGCAAGAGCUUCACCAGCUACGACAACCUGCAGCAGCACAACCGUGUGCACUCUGGUGAGAGGCCCUUCACCUGCUCCGACUGCGGCAAGAGCUUCAUCCGCUACGCCAACCUGCAGCAGCACAACCGGGUGCACACUGGAGAACGCCCCUUCAACUGCUCUGACUGCAGCAAGAGCUUCAAGACAGCACCAAACCUGACGAAACACCGGUGGUUACACACGGGUGAGAAGCCCUAUGGCUGCUCCACCUGCGGCAUGAGCUUCACCAGCUACGGCAACCUGCAACAGCACAACCGCAUGCACUCUGGUGAGAGCCCCUUCACCUGCUCCACCUGCGGCAAGAGCUUCACCAGCUAUGACAACCUGCAACAGCACAACCGCGUGCACACGGGAGAAAGCCCCUUCACCUGCUCCACCUGCGGCAAGAGCUUCACCAGCUACGCCAGCCUACAGCAGCACAACCACGUGCACUCGGGAGAACGCCCCUUCGACUGCUCCUGGAUGUCGGGGCUACGGCAUCACCGGCGGGUGCACAGCAGUGAGCGGCCCUUCACCUGCUCCGACUGUGGCAAAGGCUUCAAAUCGUCGCCAGAGCUGAAGAGGCACAGGCUCGUGCACACCGGGGAGCGCCCCUACACCUGCGCCCAGUGCGGCAAAGGCUUCACCCAUUGCAGCAACCUGCUGUCCCACCAGCGCACGCACACCGGCGAGCGCCCCUACACCUGCGCCCAGUGCGGCAAGGGCUUCACCUGCUCCAGCAACCUGCUGUCCCACCAGCGCACCCACACCGGCGAGCGCCCCUUCACCUGCGCCCAGUGCGGCAAGGGCUACACCCAUUCCAGCACCCUGCUGGUGCACCAGCGCACCCACACCGGCGAGCGCCCCUACACCUGCGCCCAGUGCGGCAAGGGCUUCAUCCGCUCCUCCAAGCUGCUGGAGCACCAGCGAACCCACACCGGCGACCGUCCCUUCACCUGCGCCCAGUGCGGCAAGGGCUUCACCCGGUCCUCCUAUCUGCUGUCCCACCAGCGGGUUCACGCCGGCGACCGUCCCAUCCCCAACCCGGUGUGUGAAGAGCGCUUUGCCAUGGCCUCCCACGCCCUGUCUCACCAGCGCAUGCACACCAGUGGCCAGCCCUAUGACUGCCCGUACUGCGGUGAGGAGUUUGACAGCUCG